CUUUGGAGCGGCAGUGUACUUGAGGCUACACUAGGGGCGGAGUUUGACCUCACCAAGUCUCAAAACAUCACUAAUCCGCGUCGGACAUUCUGGCACAGGCCACCAACACUGGCCCCGUUUGAGCGCAAAAAGGGACACGUUCCACCGAGCCAACAACGGCGUUUGGUUUUCGCGACGGCACGCUGAUGUUGGAGCUGUGCUGAAUGCACAUGUCGGACGGGCUGUGAGUGGUGCACUAUGACAGAUAGUGUGUUACAUGCGUCUGGACAUCUGCAGUGAGCCCUCGCCAGCCUCUGCCUCGCGGGUUUAGGGAGAAGAGCGGGGAUUGCUCGCGUUGACAGCUGGAACCCUCCACGUCGUCUGGCGCUUCUCUUUAUUAUUGUGAGAUUAAGUCCACUUUCACUCAAUGUGCAGUGUCUCUGGGUGGAGGCUGCCCUGUGGCUGAAUGAUGCUGUGCAGUAGCUGCUGUGUGGGCGCGUGGGGCUGAGAUGGACACAUCCCAUGGCCAGACCUCCGCACCAGCUCCCAGCUCCCAGAAUGUCCAGCUGCAACAAGUCUUCCUCCAACUCCGGAGAAGGUUCUAACACUAAGGCAUGGGCAAAGAUGUUCAAAAAAUCGGGGGGAGGUUUGAAGAAAUCGUACCAGCCGGGCAGCAUGCUGUCUCUGGCUCUGACCAAAGGCCUGAUCAACGAGCCCGGGCAGAACAGCUGUUUCCUGAACAGUGCUGUUCAGGUUCUGUGGCAGCUGGACAUUUUCAGACGAAGUCUACGGCAGCUCUCAGGUCACUUUUGUCUUGGUGACGCCUGUAUUUUUUGUGCAUUAAAGAGCAUCUUCAGUCAGUUCCAGCAGAGCAGAGAGCGAGUCCUGCCCUCAGACAGCCUGCGUAACGCCUUAGCCGAGACCUUUAAAGAUGAACAGCGUUUUCAGCUGGGCCUGAUGGACGACGCAGCAGAGUGCUUUGAGAACAUCUUAGAGAAAAUCCAUUUGCACAUCGAGUCAGAUUCAGCAACAGAUUCUUGCACCUCCAAAUCCUGCAUCACACACCAGAAGUUUGCGAUGAUGCUUUAUGAACAGUUUGUGUGCCGUUGCUGUGGUGCUUCUUCAGACCCUCACCCCUUCACAGAGUUUGUUCAUUACGUCUCCACCACUGCUUUAUGUCAGCAGGUUGACCGUUUGCUGGGAAAGACUGAGCGUCUGAGGUCUGACAUGUUUGGAGAAUUGCUGCAGGCGGCAAACAACACUGGGGACCUCCGGAGCUGCCCGAGUGACUGUGGGCAGAGCAUUAAGAUUCGCAGAGUGCUCAUGAACUGCCCCGAGAUCGUCACCAUUGGGUUUGUGUGGGACGCCGAGCAGUCCGACCUGACAGAUGAUGUCAUCAGGGCUAUAGGACCACGACUCAACUUGACCGGGCUUUUCAACCGCGUGACGGAUGAAAAUGCCAAACGCAGUGAACUACAUCUGGUGGGGAUGAUCUGUUUUUCUAGUAAACACUACUCAGCCUUUGCCUAUCACACCAAAUCUUCCAAAUGGAUGUUUUUUGACGAUGCUACUGUAAAAGAGAUUGGAUCCAAGUGGAAAGAUGUCGCUUCCAAAUGCAUCAGGGGACAUUUUCAGCCCCUCCUUUUGUUUUACACCAAUCCUGAGGGAACCCCUGUGUCCAAUGAAGAUGCCCCAAGACAGACCACUAUGUGCCCACGCUACAAAACCCAAGUCAAUGGAGAUGUCUCAGUGAAGCACCCUCUCGGAAGUCCAAAAAAAUACCAAGAUCCCUUCAUGGAGAGGUCAGGUGACGUAGCCCGUAAGGACAGAGGACAUCGUAAAACGGACCCUCCACAACUCAAAGAUGUGGCUCAUGGUCGAUCUUCUUCUCCACCAGAAAACGGACCUCGGCUCGCUCCUGAUUACAGAAUGAAGACAUAUCCACGCUCCGAGAAGUCCAACCGCUGCAGCAGAUCCACACAGGACUCACGCAGCACACAGGGGCCUGGCCACAUGCGCAAGAACAACCCCUCUCCAAGUCGGAAUCAGGAUCAGGACAGUCAGGAACACUGGGAAAAGGGUGUCGCAAACCGAAACAAAACCAAGUCCACCUGGAGACCAAUCCGAGAAGUUCUGAACGUGGACACUGUCUUGAACGAGCUUGAACAGCGCCGUCAGCAGCAGCACGACAGCCCGCACCGCAGCAAGCCCCAACCCCAGGACAGACCGGGGCAGGAGAGACUGGGGCAGGACAGGACGGGGCAGGACAGACCAGGGCAGGAGAGACCAGGACAGGACAGACCGGGACAGGACAGACCCGGUCAGGACAGGGGGCAUUCUGAACCAAAAGAACGUGAGCGGGACUCUACUCACAGAGACGAGCGUAAACAGAAGAGUUUAAUGACGAUCUAUGAAGAUGAACAGCGCUUGGAGACGGAGAGUCACAGCUCAGUGGACUCUGAGAGCAGAGCUCAGCAGAGAGGAGGCAGACUGAAAGGGGCGCCCAAGACUUUGCUCCGCAGUGAGACCUGGACUAUCCAGAGGACAGAGUCUGGAUAUGAGAGCAGUGACAGGCUAAGCAGUGGCUCCACAAACCCAGACUCCCCUGGUGUAGACGGGUUUGUGUUAAAAGACCCACGAGCAGCAGAUGCUCAGUUAAAGAGCCAGUGUCACCAAAAGGGGGCAGAGUCAAAGCAAAACGUUUCUUCUCCAUGCUACAAUGCCAAAUCUCAGGGAAAGAGCAAUGACCAAGGAUCUCAUCCUCAUCUUAAAAGCAGUCCAAGUUCUAGAAGAAAGUCUAAGCACCCGUCCAGUUCGUGCAGAAAAGCGUCGUGCUCAGACAGAGAAUGCAGCAGCUCAGAGAGCCGGCAGAGUGAGCCCCAGGAGCCUCCUCUGUGUCGAGGGCACAGUGGAGACAGCACAGGCCUCAGGCACAUGGCCAAAACCAGCAGCUCUGAGUGGAACAGCUCUGAUGAUCUGGCCCUGUCAGAGCCAGAGGACAGAGACAGUGCUUACCGCUCCAACAGCGAGCCUGUCACUUCGGAUUCACAGUGUCCCCACAUAACCCUGGCCUUCCCCCCAAGCGGCGUGAGCUCAGAGAGUCAACUGAACAGUCACACUGCAGGCUCUCCUCAUGUACGUCCGGCUGCACGGGGUCCUCACCAGGGGGAGACCAGUCACUCUGCGUUUCGUCCCAGGAUGCUCCAAGAACCCUUCUCAUCUCCACAUCUCUCCACCGCGUCCUACACCAGUCCUCACAGGAAAAGUGACAUCUCAGGCCACCGGACCUUCUCAGACGCGAGCUCUAAGUCAGGCUCGGACAUAGAGAGGAGCACGCCCUCAUCCUGUGACAGUGAGGAGAGGCUCAGUGUGAGAGCAGAGCACAGUCCUGCUCAGGAGGUAUCUCUGACCACAUACUUCAACGUAGAUAACUGUAUGACGGAAACAUACCGUCUCAAGUACCACAACCAGAGGCCUCUGGUCCUCUCCGCCACAGUGCCACGGACUGCUGUCCCCAGUGACCGCAGAGAUAACACUGACACACACUCACAAGACGUGCCAAAAGCCAGACCUGAUACAAGCCAUAAUAGCAAUAAACCCACAGCAAAAUGGAACCCAGUGUCAGCCAAAGGACUGGACGAUCGUGGUUUUUUAUGAGUGAUAAGAUGUUUACAGAGGCGGUCAGUCAAGUACUAACUGGAUGCCAAAGAGUUCACAGACCUGUUACUAACCCUGAUAGAAGGAACAUAUUUAUGCAAGAAGUCUGUUGAAAUAAUGUUUAACAUGUAGAGCCUAUACUGUCUUCCAUUGUCCUGCUGCGGGAUUUAGUUUGCACCAAAUCAUUUGUUUGCACCAAAUUGUUUGUUUGCACAUGAGGGGUUUCUCAUCUCCAACACAUUGGCUGUUUUUGUGCAAUAUUUUUGAAUUGUGCUGCUGAAAUGAGAAUGUAUCUGAAUGUAGAGAUGGUGUUCUGUGUAACAAACUAACAAAAAGGAAUGUGAAAUACUAUAAUGAAUUAUAGUGUUUAUUUAUGAGUAUACCAAUUUUCUUGAAGGCUUUGAAAGGUUUUGGCAGCUCAAUCAUUUUAUACAAAUGAAAGGGCCAAUAUUACGCUAUUUUCUGAUCUAUGUUAUAAUGUUUCUUCAUCACAAACCUACCUGGAAUUGUGUUUUGUUUCAUUCACACAUGUUUAACACACAAAUCCUGCAUAUUUAGGCUGAGUUCUUCUCUCAAACGGAAAACCCUCUGUUCCACCUGGUGAUGUUAUGUGUUUUAAACUCCACACACUUUCAUUAGAAUCAUUUGGAUGAUUUCAGCUCUGGAAUUGCCAUGACAGUUACAAUUACAUGACAUCACAAGUUGGAACAGAGCAUUUUGAGCUUUGGAGCUGUAGACAGACUAAUAAUUGAGAGUUACUAAAAUGUGUGAAUUAAACAAAACAUAACUCCAGGUCUGUUUCUGCUGAGUUAACAACAUUCUAACAUGGCUUAAAUCUCACAAGAGACAAUUUUGCGUAAUAUAGGACUUUUAAGGGUCGGAGGUCUAAAGUAAACGAUGCAUAAUUCAUUUUUUACAACAUAUAGUUAAUAAAUGACUAGGGGCUGCCUUUGUCGAGCGAAUCCCAUUGGUCCUUUAUAUCUCAUGGCAAAGGUUCUUCAGUCAAUCUUGAUCAAAUUAAUUAUUGGGUAAUGUAUUACUCCCUACCUUUUUCACAACCCAGUGUAAUGUUUCUUCAUUUGCACUCUCAUUCUUUUAUGAGUUCAGAGUUUGUUGCGCAUAGUGGGCAGAUAUAUUUACAGAUAUACCACUUGAUUAUGCCAUUAUGAAGAAAUGCCUCUUUCUGUUCUUAAUCCUGCAUGUGGCCUUUAAAGUCCUAGCAUGAGCAUGUGCAUAAUGGAUUAUUGAACAAAGAAACACUAUAUUGGACUUUAACCGAGUAUAUUGAAAUUUAUGAAUUAACUUGUAUUUGUAACUACAAUUGUUCGUCUGCAUUGUUUGUAAAAAAAAAUAAGAUACACUAUUGAUACACCCUAAGACGAGUAGACCAGAAAUCACAGUUUUCAGAUUUGCAUUGAAAGCAUUUAAAUUAUUUUGUAUUCGCCGCUACAAUGAUCAUUAACUUUGGUCCAUGUUUUUUAUUUCUCCUUCUUUGUCUUUUGAGAAUCACAUGCAACUUUAAAAUACAAACUGCACUGUUUUUUAUGAAGAGUUAACACACAGAUACAGUCUUUAUAUCACAUGGUACUUCACGAUUACAGUUGCCUUUAAAGUUAAUUGUUUUUGUUCACACCCAGUGUUUUGUCCUUUCAUUUUUAUUGUUUUAAUAUAAUUACUAGUAUUGUUUUAAUCUGCAAAUUCUACAUCACUAGUCCAUGCUAAAAACGCCUCACUUGCCAAAACUUAUGUGUGUGUUUUUCUCAUCAUUUGUGUUUUGCAUCUCGUGUCCAUUUUUGUAUCUUGUAUCUUCUUCUUCUUCUCACUUGGCACACUGCUUUGUUUUUGGUGUGUCAAAAGUGCCUUGUCAUUUUUAUCGUUUUUCGAAAGAGGAUAGAGACCUUGGAAAUGGAGUAUGCAAAUCCUUUACGUAUGCAAUGCCAACAGCGACAUCUAGUGGCACCAUUAAUGUGGAAGUGUCUAAAGAAAGAGGGACACUGAGUAAAAUUCUGUUGCCUCUUUUAAAAUCAUUUAUAAUUCAAUAAUUGUAAAGAGGUGCAAAGCUAUAUUUCAAAUCAUCAUCCUACUUUAGUUUUUUUCAAUUUCCAAAAAGCUUUAUAAAUUCUAGUUGCCUGAAUUUGUCGCUGAAGGUCACAGUUGGCAAUGCAUGACUUUUGUUGACAUUUUUGCUAUUGUCAUUUCACACUCAACAGGCACAGAAUACAAUUUGCAAUACAAAAUGAUAAAAUAAACUUAAAAAUAUCACAAUUCUGUACUCCUCACUAGUUGUACUGUAUGUGAGAUGGUGUGCCCCAAACACAGAAUCCUACAUUCAUACCUCUUCGUGUGUAUUUGGUUCUCAGUACUAUGCUUCAGCAAUCGACUGAGUGACAAAUUCAAAAAAACAACAUGCAAAUUGUCAACACCUUAUAUUUUUGUAGAUAAUAUAUAUUUAUUUUUAUUCAUUGUUAAAUAAAGACUCAAUAACUGUAU